ACGGACACAGUAUGUGUUUUUUUUUUUAGCUAAACAAAACAACCAACCUUCUAAAUGUAGCUACGAGUAUUGUUACAUAACCGUCUGGGAUUAAUGUGUUGCGUUAUAUCUUGGAAAAUGUUAUAUAAAAGCCAGUAAAUAGCCGUAUCGUAUGUUUUUGUGGUGUUUAAAUGAGGUGUUAUUUUUACGGCUUAGAUUUGGUGUAUUUUUAACUGCCUGUACAGCUAAAGCUAGGCACGCGACGGUGCUGAUUAUGCUAGCUAUCUUCAGCGACAUCAGCAGGGUUUAUUAGUUAUCCAAAGGCUAGCUGACAGGUCACUAAACAGUGUUUGACAUCAAAAUACAGGCGAGGCGUUGUCAGGAAUUGAAGAGGAAGUGGCUUCAUCACUAUCGGACAGAUCCAGGCUCGUGCUGUGACUCUCUGUUUACCGUUAGCUACUAACUAGUUAACGCGGCCAGGAAGGACUCGAUUAGGCAAUCAGAUAAGCAAGGCAGGAAGUGAUGAUGUGACUGCAGGGGUUAGGCUCUGAUAGUGUAGUCUCUGCCUCAGCGGUGAAGUCAUGCGUGACUUGAAGUGUACAUUGUUCGAGAGGAUCCAGCCCACGUCACUGCGGUGAAGAGGUGAAUUACCACCGGUGGGGUAGCACGUCUUUAUCAAUCUCCACAAUGCCCGGGAUGGUGGUGUUUGGUCGGCGGUGGGGGAUCGCCAGUGAUGACCUUGUUUUCCCAGGAUGCUUUGAACUUUUCUUCCGUCUACUUUGGUGGACUGGCACCAUGAUCCUCUUCACAUAUCAUAAAGGCCAGUUUGAUUGUAAUGGAAUAGGAAUUCUCCAUAGCUAUCUGGUUGGACUGUUGGUCAUACUGGCGCUCAUCAUCCUGUCAUUAUGUGCUAUCGUCUAUGUCAGCGGCCAAGGUACCAUUACGAACCCUGGCCCCAGGCGCUCCAUGCCUGCCCUGGUGUACCUGCGUGCUCUCCUGUACCUUCCUGAGCUAGUCUGGGCCUGCCUCGGUGCUGUCUGGGUGUCUGACGACAGCAAAGGCUGCGAUCCUGCCACAGUUGGGGCUGUCAUUGCUGCAGUGGUUGCCAGCUGGAUCAUCCUGCUGUUCACAGCUGUAGGCGUGGUGGUUGUGUUUGACCCACUGGGUAACCCGCGUCCCCAGCCCACUGCCAUGGAGCCGCUAGGAGUGCGACACCUUCAGAGCAGCGAGGGCACCCAGUUCUUCUCCACCGCUCGCUCCUUGGCUGUAAAGGUGUGGGAGAGCCGACUGAGGCUCCUGUGCUGUUGUCUGCCGCAGGAUGAAAGUCACCGAGCAGCGUUUUCCAGCAUUGCUCAACUCUUCAGCGGAUUUUUCUCUGACACAGACCUUGUUCCCAGUGACAUAGCAGCUGGUCUGGCUCUGCUGCAUCAGGAGCAAGAUAAGAUGGAGAGAAGCAGAGACCCAGAGGUCACCGUUGAUCACAGCCCGUCCUCCCCCAUCGGAGAAGAUAUGGAGACAGAGUUGGAGAAGGCAGCUCACUGCAUGCGCUUUGCUGCAGCAGCUUACGGCUGGCCGCUGUACAUUUAUUCCAACCUCUUUACUGGACCCUGCAAGCUCAGUGGAGAUUGCUGCAGGAGUCGUGCAGCAGAGUACGACAUCGUGGGGGGAGACCACCUCGGCUGUCACUUUUCCUCCAUUCUGCACAGCACUGGUCUGCAGUACAGAGACUUUAUCUACGUCAGCUUCCACAAUCAGAUCUACGAGAUUCCGUUCUUCGUGGCUUUGGAUCAUAAGAGGGAGGCUGUUCUAGUGGCUGUCAGAGGAACGCUGUCACUUCGGGAUGUCCUGACAGACCUGUCUGCUGAAUGUGAGAACCUGCCCAUAGAAGGAGUGACUGGAGCCUGCUAUGCUCAUAAGGGUAUAUGCCAAGCAGCAGGCUAUAUCUACAAGAAGUUGGUGAAUGAUGGCAUCCUGAACCAGGCUUUCUCCAUAGCACCGGAGUAUAAACUGGUGAUCACCGGUCACAGUCUGGGUGCUGGCACAGCUUCAGUCCUCGCCAUCCUCUUACGCAAUUCUUUCCCCACCCUGCAGUGCUACUCGUUCUCCCCACCAGGGGGACUCCUCAGUAAAGCUCUCGCUGAUUACUCCAAGGACUUUGUGAUUUCUGUUGUGCUUGGAAAGGAUUUGGUUCCCAGAUUAAGUAUUCCCAAUAUGGAGGAUCUGAAGAGAAGGAUACUUAAGAUAGUUUCUAACUGCAAUAAGCCAAAGUACCGCAUCCUGCUGCAGGGAUGUUGGUAUGAGCUGUUUGGGGGAGACCCUGAUGACUUCCCCACUGAGAUGGACAACAGGAGGGAGGAGCUCAGCCAGCCGCUGCUUGGAGAGGAGUCGCUGAUUAUACGCCACUCAUCGUCUUAUCAGAGCCUGGCGUCAGACGAUUCACCCGCCCACACAGCUGCACAUUUACCUCUGUUCCUGCCUGGACGGAUUCUGCAUAUCACAGAAGACGGGCCAUCACGGAGGUCCUGCUUUUCCCAGGUCCGGUAUCGGGCUGAGUGGUCCAAUGAAAUGGCAUUCAGGAGCAUUUUGAUCAGUCCCAGGAUGCUUGCGGAUCACAUGCCUGACGCUGUGCUAGGAGCACUCAACAGUCUGACUAGCGACAAACCCUACCCCUUGUGCCCAUCGUCCUUAAACAACAGCCAGCACAAUACAAUCUGAAAAUGUGUCUUUCAGACUGACCCCAGGCUCCCAGGCUGGAUUGUAAUAAGAGACAUGAACCCAUAGAGGUUUACAUGUUAUGAUCUCCAUGAAUGCACCUGAUGUAUAAAAACGUUGGCACAAGCAUUUUUGUUAAACCGCACUUUUCGUUUUAAUUUACAUCAUUUGUUUUAUUUUGACCUCCAGAGUUCCUCCAGGAGAACUUUAUGCCAUGAUCUUUGAAUGUUUGUUGUGUACAGUAUUUGACAGUGCUGCAGUUUAAUGUGAUUGUUAAAUUUUUUUAUGUUUGUGUGAUUAUUGUAUGACUGGUGAUGAAGCUGCCCCGAAGUCACUGAAAGUGUCUGAUGCCGUCUUCCUUCCUGAGGACUGAGGGGCGGUCUGACCCAAACAUGAAGAUUUGAGAGUUUUACCUAAAAAUGUGGACGAAAGCUUUAUGUCUUUAUCGUAUAGUAACUGUGGUUAGUCUUUUUGUCUGUGUUUAAAUAUCUAAAAACAUCAGGAUGAACAGUGCCUAUGCAGAAAAUUGAUUGCUUUUAAGUAUGACAGUAAUGGGUGCAGUGUGUUAACUGCAAGCUUCAGUCUGCAUUUCUACAAUGCAGUUUUCAUUGUGCAUGGUGUCUGGCGAAAGUGAUAGUAAAGGUAGAAAGAUUGUACUUGUACAUUUUGUGGGAACCCGUUUACUUGCCAUGGAUAUUACAGUUUUUUCAGGUAAUGUAUAUUUAAGUUUGACUCGACUGAUGCCUGCAUAACAACAGUUUCACAGCCUCAAUAGAUCACAUUGGAUCCCUUGAUCUCAAUAAAAGCUUUUGUGAAGCACACAAA